AUGAAAUUAAUCCGUAUUCCAUCAUUUAUCAUGGUGACUAAAUUUUAUUUAAUAUUGUUAUUCUUUUUGGUGAGUUCGGAUAAAAAUGUUGUUUUAAAUAACAAUCCAUCUGAUUUUUAUCAACAAAUAAAUGCUUGGCCAGAUUUUCAAUUGGCAGCAUUCACUGAUUUAAAUGCUGAUCGUCGAAUGGAUAUUAUAUUUGCCAAUGGCGAUGGUUCGAAAUUAUUUGCUGUUCUACAAUCUGACAAUAAAGGUUUUCAAUCCACUUCACCAAUACUAUCUAGUGUGAGAUUUUCUCCACCUGUUGAAAUAAUUGGUAAUUCUUUGUCUAAGCCUGUUCGUGGUGUUGCUACUUCUGAUUUCAAUGGAGAUUCUCGGACUGAUCUUUUACUAGUCACCGGUAGUUCAGAUGGGGGACCAUUUGAUGUAUAUGUAGCUUAUGGCUCAAGUGGUGAAUAUCGUGGGAAAUUCGGUUCACCAAAAUUUCUGGAUACUUUUACUUCUCAACCAUUAGUAUGCGAUUUAAAUUCUGAUAUGAUUGCUGAUGUAUACGGCGAAGUGUCAGGACAUCGAGUAGCAUAUAUAGGCGGAAAUGAGCUUACGAAAUUAUCCACUGCCUAUUCUGGCCCUUCAUGGUCUCGACUUGGGUAUUCAGCUUUCGGGGAUAUCAACAGAGAUGGUGUUCCUGAUAUUGUAAUCCUUGUGGAUAAUGAGAAUACACAACAAUUACAGGUGAUACUACGUACUCAAUCAUCGAUUGGUUCUUUGCCUGAUGUAACUAAUGCUGAAUUGAUUGAUCUCGAUCCUAAGUUAUUAAGUACUCCACAAUCUGUUUUGGGAUUAUUCGUGUUGAAUGAUUUCGACUAUGAUGGCUCAAUUGAUUUACUUCUACCUGUAUGCAGAGACGCUAAAUGUUUGGAUACCAGUAGUAUAUAUAUAUAUUCUUUCAAAGAUCGAAAGUGGUUCCCUGUUAAUGUAAUAUGGGAGCCUUCAAAUGUUAAAGAAAAUACUAUGCGAUGGUCUUUAACAUCCACUCCACAAAUAAGAUCUGGUUUAUUGACUAGUUCAUUAAUUGGUCCAGCAGUUGGUGAUGUCAAUAUGGAUGGCAAACCUGAUUUAGGUUUAGGUGUUACGAGUUGGUCAAAAAGUGAUCAAAAUAUGGGUGUUUAUCCUGGAGUGUUCGUUAAUAAAGGAUUAAAUUCUAAUGGAAUUCUCACUUUUCAACUUACUCUACUUCCGGGCGUUCAAUUGCCACCAGACAAUACUAGACUACGUCAGUUGGCAUUUUUUGAUCAAUCUGAUGAUAGUAUUUUGGAUUUCUUUAUGGUUUCUUUAAAUCCCCAUGAUCAACCAUCAGCCCAGUUAUUCCUGAGUACUGUGGAUACUGAUCCAUACUUCUUAAAGGUUACUGUUCUUAACGGACUUUGUUCAUCUGCGGAUUCAUGUUCAGAUGGUAGAUUACCUUAUGGUCUUAUGGUACCUGGAAUAAGUUCAUACCUCAACACUGAAGCUGCUGCUGGAGGUCGUCAUCUUUCUGCUGCACUUUUAAGUUCACAAAGUUGUUGUAGUGCUCUUCAAGUACCGUUUGAAAUAUUUGGUUUAGGUCAAUUUGCCAAUUAUGUUGAAAAAUUAACAAUUUCUAUACCACCAUCGAGAGAACUUAUUCGAUCACGUUUACUAUCGUUUAUUGUUCCAAAAGCUCAAAUUGUUAUCAAUCCAUAUCCAUUAGAUAAUCCUUCUGCAUGGACUAUGAAAUUGUUUCUCCAACCAUUAUAUAAUAUGAAAGUACUAUAUAUAGCUAUAACACUACUAUGUAUUUGUAUCCUACUCAUAAUUAUUAUUGGUAUUCUUCAAUGGUUUGAAUUUCGUGAAGAUCGUUUAGAAAAACAAAAAGAAUCUCAACGUUUUCAUUUUGAUGCAAUGUGAAAAACAAAAAAAAUAUGGAAAGAGCGUCCGUACAUGUGUGUGUAUGAUGUGUAUGUAAGAGUGAAAAUCAAAACUGAUGGUAAUAAAAAUAUACAUUUUGAAUAGUGUGUUUCCUAUUCAUAUCAAUUUAUGUUUAUCCAAUCUCUUUAUACCUACCCACUGUAUCUCUGUUUGCUUGGAAUAUUUAUAUGUCUGUGACUGUAUGGGAGAGAGGCAG